AUGACAGCAGACGAAACUUGGAAGUUCUCUCAAUGCUUCGGAGAUAAAGGAGACAUUGAGAAUAUUACCGAAGCAGAUAUUAUAUCGACAGUAGAAUUUGAUCAUACAGGUGAUUUUUUGGCUACUGGUGAUAAAGGUGGUAGAGUUGUUUUAUUUGAACGAAAUCAAUCCAAAAAGAAACAAAGUUGUGAAUAUAAAUUCUUUACAGAAUUUCAAAGUCAUGAUGCUGAAUUUGAUUAUUUAAAAUCUUUAGAAAUUGAAGAAAAGAUUAAUAAAAUAAAAUGGUUAAGAAGUUCAAAUGAUUCACUUUAUUUAUUAUCCACAAAUGAUAAAACAAUUAAAUUAUGGAAAAUUAUGGAAAAACAAAUCAAAUUGGUAAGUGAAAACAAUUUAAAUGGUUUAAAUCAUUUACCUUCAACUGGAAGUUUUGAUGUAUCAUCUUUAAAAUUACCUCAAUUACAAUUACAUGAUAAAUUAAUUGCAGCCCAACCUAAAAAGAUAUAUUCAAAUGCUCAUGCUUAUCAUAUCAAUUCGAUUUCUGUUAAUUCAGAUCAAGAAACAUUUUUAAGUUCAGAUGAUUUAAGAAUUAAUUUAUGGAAUUUAGGAAUUGCUGAUCAAUCAUUUAAUAUAGUAGAUAUCAAACCAACAAAUAUGGAAGAAUUGACCGAAGUUAUUACUAGUGCUGAAUUCCAUCCUAGUCAUUGUAACUUAUUUAUGUAUUCAUCUUCAAAAGGAACUAUUAAAUUAGCCGAUAUGAGAUCAAAUUCAUUGUGUGAUUCUCAUGCUAAAAUAUUCGAAGAAUAUUUAGAUCCAUCAUCUCAUAAUUUCUUUACUGAAAUUACUAGUUCAAUUUCUGAUGUUAGGUUCAGUUAUGAUGGUAGAUAUAUUGCAUCUCGUGAUUAUAUGACUGUUAAAAUAUGGGAUUUAGCAAUGGAAAAUAAACCAGUUAAAACAAUAAAUGUUCAUGAACAUUUACGAGAAAGAUUAUGUGAUACUUAUGAAAACGAUGCAAUCUUUGAUAAAUUUGAAGUUCAAUUUAGUGGAGAUAAUAAAUCAGUAAUGACUGGUUCUUAUAAUAAUAAUUUUAUGAUUUAUCCAAAUGCCAUAUCUUCAUCCUCAAAUUCAAUCGCAUCUUCAUCCCCACCUGAAAAACCAAUGUUUAAAACCACAUCCUUUAAGAAAAACAGUAGAAAGAAACCAUUCAAUGACGAUGAAGAAGGUGGAGACGAUGAUGAUGACGAUGAUCGUUCUAUCAAUCAAAAUCCACCAAGUAAAAAAUCACCAAGUUCAAUAGAUGAAGAGGAAGAUCAAGAAGAAAUCAUUUUACAAGCAGACAAAUCUGCGUUCAAAUCCAAAAAAUCAGGACAUCAUCCAAUGAGACGUAGAAUGAUGAGCGGUAUAGGUAGCACAUCUGGGAAUGAUUUUGAUGAUACUGAUUUCAAAAAGAGUAUACUUCAUUUAUCUUGGCAUCCUAGAGAGAAUUCAGUAGCAAUUGCGGCUACUAAUAACUUAUACAUCUUUUCUACAUUGUGA